AUGAGCUACAUGAAGAAGGACGAGGAUGCCGACCAGACUAUGAUCAAGCUGGAUCGGACCUCCGUUUUCCAAGAUGCGAGACUGUUCAAUUCAUCACCGAUAUUGCCUCGCCAAUGCCGCACGCUACUGACCAAGAUCGCGGUCCUCGUAUUCACUGGAGAGCAGUUCCCGACGAACGAAGCGACCACUCUUUUUUUCGGCAUCUCGAAACUGUUCCAGAACAAGGAUCCCUCGUUACGGCAGAUGGUCUAUCUCAUCUUGAAAGAACUCGCAAACACGGCCGAAGAUGUCAUCAUGUCCACUAGCAUUAUCAUGAAGGAUACCGCAGUUGGCAGCGAUGUACUAUACCGAGCUAACGCUAUUCGGGCUCUGUGCCGCAUUAUCGACGCCACGACCGUACAAGGUAUCGAACGAUUGAUCAAAACAGCUAUUGUCGACAAGACCCCUUCGGUAUCCUCAGCCGCUCUCGUCUCCUCAUACCACCUUCUCCCGAUCGCGCGAGACGUUGUCCGAAGAUGGCAAAGCGAGACACAGGAAGCGGCUUCGGGCUCUAAGCAAUCAACUGGCUUUCUCGGAUUUGGUGGCAGUUCCCAGGCACACGCGAUUUCGCAGUCAAAUUUCAUGACUCAGUACCAUGCAAUUGGGCUUCUAUACCAGAUGCGCUCGCAUGACCGCAUGGCUCUUGUUAAGAUGGUCCAACAAUACGGCGCUGCAGGGGUAGUAAAGAGCCCCGCCGCGCUUGUUCUUCUUGUGCGCCUGGCCGCAAAGCUGGCUGAGGAAGACGCCGGAUUAAGGAAACCCAUGAUGCAGAUGCUCGAUGGAUGGCUCCGACACAAGCACGAGAUGGUAAACUUCGAGGCUGCAAAGGCGAUCUGCGAUAUUAGGGACGUCAGUGAUGCGGAAGCCUCGCAGGCUGUCCAUGUUCUCCAGUUAUUCCUCUCUUCGCCCCGUGCUAUCACCAAGUUCGCAGCGAUCCGCAUCCUCCACCGAUUCGCGUCGUUCAAGCCUCAUGUUGUUAACGUGUGCAACCCCGACAUCGAAUCAUUGAUCUCGAAUACCAAUCGUUCCAUCGCCACUUUCGCCAUCACCACUCUUUUGAAGACCGGCAAUGAGGCUAGCGUUGACCGCCUGAUGAAGCAGAUCUCGGGAUUUAUGGCCGAUAUCACGGACGAAUUCAAGAUUACGAUCGUCGAGGCAAUCCGGACCUUGUGCUUGAAGUUCCCCAGCAAGCAGGCCGGUAUGCUUUCGUUCCUCAGCAGUAUCCUACGGGAUGAGGGUGGCUAUGAGUUCAAGCGAAGCGUUGUCGAGAGCAUGUUUGACCUCAUUAAAUUUGUCCCCGAGAGCAAAGAAGAUGCCCUUGCCCAUCUUUGUGAGUUUAUUGAGGACUGCGAAUUCACAAAAUUGUCUGUUAGGGUUCUGCACCUCCUUGGUGUUGAGGGCCCGAAGACGUCGCAGCCUACGAAGUACAUUCGUUACAUCUACAACCGAGUGGUCCUCGAAAACGCCAUUGUUCGUGCUGCCGCUGUAACGGCACUGGCUAAGUUUGGCGUUGGCCAGAAGGACCCUGAAGUAAAGUCCAGCGUUUCUGUUCUCCUCACGCGGUGCCUUGAUGAUACCGAUGACGAAGUCCGUGACCGAGCUGCUCUCAACCUUCGGUUGAUGGCUGAAGAGGAUGAUAUGGCGAAUCUGUUCAUCAAGAAUGAAUCGAUGUACUCUCUUUCAACCUUUGAGCAUCAACUUGUCAUGUACGUGACAUCCGGCGACAAAGAGACCUUUGCUACGGCAUUCGAUGUGUCUACGAUUCCCGUUGUCUCUCAGGAACAAGCCCUGGCCGAAGAGCGAACCAAGAAGCUUACGAGUGCUACCCCUACACUCAAGGCACCAUCUACUGGCCCCCCCAAGGGCGGCAAAGCAAAUGGUGUGGCCGAAGCUGCCACCGCCGCUGCCACUCAGAAGUAUGCCGAGCAGCUCAUGCAAAUUCCCGAGCUCAAGGCGUACGGCACAUUGCUCAAAUCUUCUGUUCCCGUCGAACUCAGCGAGAGCGAAACGGAAUACAUCGUCACCGCUGUCAAACACAUCUUCAAGGAGCACAUUGUUUUGCAAUAUGAUGUUAAAAACACUCUUCCGGAUACCGUCCUGGAAGACGUUACCGUGGUCGCUACGCCAUCCGAGGAGGAUAUCCUAGAAGAGGAAUUCAUUGUUCCUGCGCCCAAACUAAACACCAACGAACCUGGAGUCAUAUAUGUCACAUUCAAGAAGCUCGAGGGCGAACAAAGUGUCCCCGUUAUCUCAUUUACAAACAACCUCAAAUUCACUAGCAAGGAGAUCGACCCUACAACUGGCGAGCCGGAAGACAGCGGAUAUGAGGAUGAAUAUCAAGUCAACGACCUAGAACUUACAGGCAGCGACUAUGUCAUCCCCACAUUUGCCGGCAGCUUCGACCAUGUCUGGGAGCAGACAGGUGCCAACGGCGAGGAAGUCAGCGAGACUCUUCAGCUCAGCAACCUAAAGGGCAUCGCAGACGCCACCGAACAAUUGAUAUCUACACUCUCACUACAGCCUCUCGAAGGAACCGACGUGGCCCUUAGCAACAGCACACAUACUCUCAAAUUAUUCGGAAAGACAGUAUUAGGCGGCCGAGUCGCGGCUCUCAUCAAGAUGGCCUACUCCACGAAGACUGGAGUCACCACUAAGAUUACAGUGCGCGCCGAAGAAGAAGGUGUCGCGCCCGCGGUGAUUGCUUCUUUGGCUUAA